CCCGCCCGCCGCCCUUUUGGUUUCGAUUUUUCCCACCUGGCAUCCGGCGGCCCGGCCCGGCCAUGGAGAACGGCGCCGUCUACAACGCGACCACGGAACCGGAGGCGAAGGGGCCCCACCGCCGCCCCUUCGGCUGCACCGUGCGGCACCUGCAGGGAUGGCGGCUGCCGGUCAAGGUGGUCCAGGCGAUUUUCUCUUUUUCAGCUGUUGUUUGUGAAGAAGUUGUGGACAGUUGCAUCACUUGUGGUGGACUUUACUUCUUUGAAUUCAUAAGCUGCAGUGCCUUUCUUUUGAGCCUCCUGAUUCUGUGUGUGUAUUGCACUGAUUUGUAUGAAUCACUGGGGGAAGAGAAAGUGCAGAAACUGAAUUUUUGGGCUGUGCCAAUCAUAGCUGCCUGGUUUCUGUUAGCAUCGAUAGUUUUUUCUGCAAGCUGCUCUGGCUCUGCUGUUGAAAAGGCUGCAUGUGCAUUUGGAUAUUUUGCAACUUUUGCAUUUGCAGCUGAAUGUGGUAUAGAGAUCUAUCUCAGGCAAAAACAAAAGAUCGAUGAACGCUCUCAAAAUCCAGCUAACAUUCCGAGGGCUGCAGAAAAUCGGCCAUUGAAUAAAAAAAGAUAACUUCCUGAAACUGUUUCUUUUUUUUUUUUUUUUAAAUUGGAGCAAACUGAGAUGAACUUCCAGUGCACUGUAGGUAACAACCUCUGUUUAUUUGUUCUAAUUGAUUUUGUAUGCAUUGCUCAUCACAAGUUUUUAUGGAUUCCUGGGUCAGGUAAUGGCAUCUUGAGCAUCAGGUUCUAAGGCAACUGGUCCUGCCACCUGCUGGGAUGAGAGGCACUAAAACACCUUGGGUCUAAACAGAAUAACUUCAGGACAGCAGUGUGUUGAUUUGAUUUUGACAGAGCUGACUAAUAAAGGUUAAUGCCUGAGGCAUAAAAUCUGAGCUAUAGCUUAAAGAUAUUUCCUGGUUAAAUGGACCAGAUUCUUCUGUUGUGAGUUAUAAAUUAGUACAGCAGAAUUGAUUUUUGUACUUCCUGGUCAAACUGAAUGCGGAAGGGAUACCUAAAUGGAACCUUACAGAAAUGUUUAUCCUUAAAUAGGGGGGUUUGGAUUGAUUUUACUAUGCCUAUGUCUCAGUUCUGUCUGUGGAGAUCAUUUUAAUGGUAUAGGGACUGUAGGGGGUUUAUGGGGAAGGUAAUGUAAAUGGUAUAUUAAGGAGACAAUUUUCCACUCCAUGAUUGUCAAAUUUUGGACUUGUAUGCCAGAAUCUUCUUUCAGAUGGUUUCGAAAGCUGAAACUGAAAGUAACAGUUGCAAGAAGAAACUUAAAAAGCCAGCACUGAGAGGAAUAAGAUAAAGAAUAAAUAAUUACGUGAAACAAUCCCAGAAGUAGCCAUCUGAAUAUCAAUGGGAAAAACCUUACAGCAUGUGGGUUCUACCCUGGUGGAUAUUACUUGCAAGGUUAAUACCAUAUGCAUCUUGUUUAUGUAUAGAUAAUGCUAAGUUUUGCCAGAAUGGUUUUGAACCUCACCAUUUUCUGUGUUUAUAAAUAAGGCAGUAGCUUGAGACUCCUUGCUGCUGACUAGCUCAGUUGGUAAACAGAUAAAUAAGCACUUGUCCCCUUGAUUUGUUUUGCAAGCAACAGUCUGUAGGACUGCAAGGAACAGCACUGAUGGGACACAUAUCAGACAAGUGACGGAUGUGUCAGACCGGAUGUUGAUGGCUGUCAAAGAAAUGAAGUGCUGAAAAAGCAUUUUGCUGAUCUCUGAGGUAAAAUCAAGACUGCUAUGCCUCUCUUAAGAGGAAAGCCUUCAAAAGCAGAGCAAAUUACUGUAAGCCAGGAGAUGUUCCAAAAUACCAAAGCCAAUAAGAAAAAGCCGAUUAUGCAAUAACAGUUCUUGUCUGAGUGCUUGAGACACUUGCCGUUUCUCCCAGGCGUUAACUGCAUUUCACCAAUAUCCCAAUCUGGCGUGUUCCCCGUCCUGUGAGCUGUUGUGGCAGCACUGGGACCUCCAGAAACUGGCUCACCUGUAUUUGGGAAAGGAAGAGAAAGCUGUUUUAAGGCAAAGGACUGUAAUAACAAGUCAAAGUUGGUUUUUUCCCAUUGCUGCCACUUUCUGAUGAGUGUGAGUUUGUGAUGUUCUCUUUCUCUAUGGCCUGAGACUUAAGCCUAACACUAUACUUUGCAUGGAGGAUGUAAAAUUUUGCCAGGUGGUGUGAAGCACCAAGUUAAAGUUGUAGCUUGGUUUUAGAGCUAUGCAUAGAAGAGAUACUUUCCUUUCUAGAAUUGUCUGUGUUGUAAAGAAGAAAUGAUCUUUGGAGUGGCUUUUUUUUUUCUUGUAUUUAUUAGUGUCUGUUUGCACUAAAACUUGAUUUCAGUCAGUGCUUGCUUAGGUGUCCCUGAUAACUGGAUAGAUUAGAGAUGUUUGGUUUACAAGCAGUGUUACUGGUGAUACAAAAUAUCCAUAAUGAGAAAUAUCUCCUCUGUGAUCUGCAAUGUCUUACUCUGGGGACUGUGCCCAUAUAAGUAACAUUCCAACAGUCUCAUUUUGGUUUCUUUUUAUUGCCUAGAGUCCUACUGAAUUUUUUCCACAUCAAAAUGUCUAUAGUCUUUAAAUUUUCAUCUGUAAUUGGUAGCUGUAAAUAUAGUGUAAGAGCAACCCUGUGCUGCUAAGUAUUUAUUAAGUAAUGCAGCACUGUGAAUGGACUUUUAUCUUGAGAUAAUUUUUCCUGUUAUUUUUCUCAGCCUGAAGAUAAGUGAAUUGAGAUUUGGUUUUGGUUGCUCUUUCUAUAGGCUUUUUCCCACCUAAGUGGGAUGUGUUACUGAUGUCCAUUCCUGGAGAUACAGAAAGGGAACUGUGAAGUCAUCUCCCAGCCUUGGUAGUUUACCUGGCAAUAGUCUGUCACAUAGCAGUUAAAUACUAGGGGCAGAUCACAUAAUGGUUAUAGAUUUAAGGCAAUUGCCUAUAAUGUUGCUUCCAAACCAGUUGUUGGCUAACAUGCAUGAUGGUGCUGUUAAUCCUUGCACCUCAUAAGGUGUUUUUGCUCUGUUUAAAAUAGUUGAGAAGCAGAUUUGCAUGUGUGUGUGCUAUUUUCUGCUUCUGUGAAGUUAUUUUUUAACUGCUUUAUCAGCUUAUAUCCUAGCUUUCCUUAUCACUCCUACCUCCUCUGCCCUCCCAAUAUAUGUGGGGGAGAGGCUUCCUUGCCGCAGGGACUGAGCAGACUGGUCUGCAGUCUUGACGUGGCCCUUUGAUGGCUCUGGUGUCAGGUGCUGGUUUUAAAUGUCUGUCUCUUAAUUAGACUGAUCGUGGACAAUGCUGUUGGAGCUGGAUUAAACAUCUGGAUCUGCAGGAGCUCUGUGUGUAUGGCCGGAUGUCUCUUACCCCUCGUGCUCUGUCAGCAAAGCCCUUUGCUUGUUUUCCAGCCUGCUUCUGAUGAAAUCAGCCGACCUUAUUCAAACCACCUAUUUAAAUUGCUUCCAUUAAGGUGGCUGAUUUUGGCUUAAGUGGAUUAGGGAUUGUUCAGGAGAGUGAUGGGAGCUCUGGCAGAAGUGCUGUUAGAUGCAACAGCCUCAAAUUUCUUCUGUUGGCAAAGUGAACAUUUCUGUACAUCAUAACUGGUAGUGAAGCCUGUUGGAAAGAUGUAAAAAUCACAUUAAAAUCACAGUGCUACCAGUGCCCUUUGGUUCUGAGUAUGGGAAGGAAUUGUGCCUUACUGCCUGUGCCCUGUGCUUCAAAAGAGCAGGGAAGGGUUUUGGUCUGUCACAGGUGAGUUCUACCUUUGCACCUUCCAGCCUGAAAGAGCCGUGAGCGAUCUCAUGCAAUUCUCAGGGCUCAGCUCAAGAUGUUUUUGCAUAAAGGCUGUCAUGGUGAUCCUUGUUCAAAUUUGUGCAAUAAAAUACCAAGCUUUCUACACUGAAGGGAAAUUCUUAGUAAUAUUUUUCCAAGGUUCUAUAAAAUUGUAACAAAUCAAGAUGCUGAUAGUGCCUUCAAGAUGGAUAUUCAUCUCUUUUUUAGUCUAUUGCUGUAAACAUAAGCAGCUCUCUGGAUAUUAAAUUUUGUGAUGGACAGAGCUAUAUAUCACUUUUAAUACCAUUAAGAAUUAAAGCAGGAUGAUAAUACAAUAAUUUUAUAUAUAUAAAGUAAGAAUUUUAUAGUUUUGUUUCCAGUGUUGCCUUGAAUUUCCAUCUAAAUAAUUUUUAAAUGCUUAAAUAUUUUUUAUCAUUCUAAACCUGUGAUUUUUUGAAUGCAUUAUGCUUUCUUGAUCUAACAAACUUCAUAAAAUAUUUUGUAAUAAUUUUUUAAAAUAAAGGUUUCAUAAAUAA